CAAAAUAAAUCCACAUCCGUACCAUUAGUGGAGCAGUUCAUUUCCCAUCCUGCAGCGCUGUUGGAUGGAACACAAGUGUGACGUAGAGGCCAAGAUGGCGGCUCCCCUCAGCAACAUGAAAUUUUGGAAGCCGGGAGCUGAGGCUCCAGGGAUCUCAGAGGAGCGGGAGUUGAACACGGAGACCACCGGCUCCCCCAUCAUCUUCAACCCUCACACCACACUCUCCAUAGAGAAGCAGCGGCAGAAACUUCCUGUCUUCAAGCACAGGAAUAACAUCCUGUUCCUGUUGGAGAGUUUUCAGACGGUCAUCAUAGUUGGAGAGACAGGAUGUGGCAAAACCACACAGAUACCCCAGUACCUUCUAGAAGCGGGCUGGGCGGCUGAUGGGAAGGUGAUUGGAGUGACACAGCCUCGACGUGUGGCUGCCAUCACCGUGGCUAACCGUGUGGCUGAGGAGCGAGGAGCCCUUCUGGGCCACGAGGUGGGCUACACCAUUCGAUUUGACGACCGCUCCGACCUUCAUUCCACCAGGAUCAAGUUUCUUACAGAUGGAAUGUUGGUGCGUGAGAUGAUGGCUGACCCCCUGCUGAGAAAAUACAGUGUUCUGAUGUUGGAUGAAGCUCAUGAAAGAACCUUGUACACAGACAUCGCCCUGGGUCUGCUGAAGAAGAUCCAAAAGAAACGUCCGGAGAUGAGGCUGAUCGUGGCGUCGGCCACUCUGGACGCGGAGAAAUUCCACGACUUCUUCAACCAGAAUGAGUCAGGUGACCCAGCCAAGGACACGUGUGGGAUUCUGACAGUAGAGGGACGCACCUUCCCUGUGGACGUCUUCUACACUGUCAGUCCCGUCCCCGACUACGUCAAAGCCACAGUGGAGACGGUGAUGAAGAUCCAUGAAACGGAGGAGGAUGGAGACGUUCUAGCCUUUCUCACUGGACAGGAGGAGGUGGAGAAGGUGGUGUCCCUUCUGCAGGACGAGGCCAGGUCUCUGGCACGGUACGGCAUGAAGAAACAUCUGAGAAUUUUGCCCAUGUAUUCUGGUCUACCAUACGCUGAGCAGAUGAAGGUCUUUGAGAGAGCGCCCUCUUCUGUCCGCAAGGUGGUGGUGGCCACCAACAUAGCUGAGACCUCCAUCACCAUCAAUGGGAUUGUUUUUGUCAUCGACUGUGCGUUUGUCAAGCUGAGGGCCUACAACCCUUCCACUGCCAUCGAGUCUCUAUUGGUCACGCCCAUCUCCAAGGCCUCGGCCAGUCAGAGAGCAGGACGGGCUGGAAGAAACCGACCUGGGAAAUGUUUCAGACUUUACACAGAGGAGGACUUUGAGAAGCUUCCCUCCUCCACUGUUCCAGAGAUGCAGCGCUCCAACCUGGCUCCUGUCAUCCUGCAGCUCAAGGCCUUAGGCAUCGACAACGUGCUGCGCUUCAGCUUCCUGUCUCCCCCCCCAGCUCAGACCAUGGUCCAGGCUCUUGAGUUGCUCUAUGCUCUUGGAGGUCUGGACCAUUAUGGACGUCUGACUGAGCCCAUGGGUGUGCGCAUGGCCGAGUUCCCUCUCAGUCCGAUGUUCACCAAGAUGCUCCUGGAGUCGGGCAACUUCGGCUGCUCUAAAGAGAUCGUCACCAUAGCUGCCACCAUGCAGAUCCAGAACAUUUUUGUUGUGCCGUCCAAUCAGAAGAAAGCUGCUGCCCGGGAGCACAGGAAGUUCGCCGUGGCUGAGGGCGAUCACCUGACCAUGUUGAAUGUGUACGAGGCCUUCCUUAAGCACCAGAAGAGUUCUCAGUGGUGUCAGGAACACUUCCUCAACUACAAAGGUCUUCUUCGGGCAGUCAUGGUGCGAGAGCAGCUCCGACGACUGAUGAACAAGUUCAAGGUGCCGCGCAACUCCAGCGAAGGUGAUCCAGAUGUGAUCCUGAAGUGCAUCGUCUCUGGGUUCUUUGCUAAUGCAGCACGGAUUCACCACUCUGGAUCCUACAGGACUCUACGAGAUGAUCGUGAACUUCACAUUCACCCAAACUCGGUGCUUUAUGGAGAGAAACCUCCCAAAUGGGUGGUCUUCAGUGAGAUAGUACAAACGUCCAAAUACUACAUGCGUGAUGUCACUGCUGUGGAGUCGUCCUGGUUGGUGGAGCUGGCUCCACACUUUUACAAAGAGGCCAAGCACAGUUCCCUGGCCAGCAAGAGAUCUCGAGUCCUGUGAGGGUCUGCUGAGGUCUGGGAGAACAGACGGAGGGUCAGUCCUGUAGCCACCGCACUGAACACACACACACACACACACACACAUCCAUAUAAAGGAAACACCGUAGCUUUGGUCCAGAGAUGUUCACCUGCACAAACCAUUCACACCACAGUCCCAUGAAUGAAACCUUGUAGAAGUGUUUGUUUUUUUUCUUCUGGUCCAGACUGGAACUGUUGGAACUGUUGGAACUGUUGGAAGCACCUGUGGUUUUUUUAUUUUUUGUAUGAUUAUGAUUAGAUGUAUUGGUUUUUCUGCUGACUCGGUGCUUUUCUCCUGAUCCCGUUGACUUUGUGACCAUGAUGUUUGUAUUUACCUUUAACUGUGUCUAUUUACAGUCUGCACUAAAGGAAGGAUUUGUGUUCAUAGUUUUUUAAACCAUUGUAAAUCCUGAAAUCGUUUUUAUGUUUAGUUCCACUCUCUGUUUAGUUUAGUCCUUUAGUUUUAGUUGGUGUUUGUCCAGGUUCUGGUUACCCUGGUUGACCUGGGUGACCCUGGUUGACCUGGGUGACCCUGGUUGACCCUGGUUGACCCUGGCUUAGUGUGAAUGUCCUUUCUGUUGUCUGGGUCAUGUCCCACCUUGGUCUAGGUCAGGCAUGGGCAAACUACGGCCUGGGGGGUCCAGCCCGCCAGACUUUUCCAAAUUAUAUUUUUAAUUUAUAUUAGCACUGAAUAUUUGGCCACUGAAAGAGUUUCAUCACCGAAACAAAGGGGCCGAAACAGGAAGUUAUGACGACGCAAGCACAAACCGCGGCCAGUACAGACUCCUCCUGAUAUGAGGAGAGGAGCAGAUUACUCCAACUGCCCUCACCUCCGUCAGGGGCUUCACCUCCGUCACCGCUCCCGUGCUAACCUCCACUGCUCCCCUACAAUAUGUAUUUAAUG